CAACCCCUGCACUAUGGGACCCUCCUGGGCAGCAGAGCUUGUGUCCACAUGGCAGCAGCUGCCUGGGGCACUGGGUUUCUCUAUGCUGUGCUGCACACGGCCAAUACAUUUUCUAUACCACUCUGCCAGGGCAAUGCCCUGGACCAAUUCUUCUGUGAAAUCCCCCAGAUCCUCAAGCUCUCCUGCUCAGCCUCCUACCUCAGGGAAGUUGGGCUUCUUAUAUUAAGCUGUUUUUUAGUUUUUGGUUGUUUUAUUUUCGUUGUGCUGUCCUAUGUGCAGAUCUUCAGGGCUGUGCUGAGGAUCCCCUCUGAGCAGGGACGGCACAAAGCCUUUUCCACGUGCCUCCCUCACCUGGCUGUGGUCUCCCUUUUUAUCAGCACUGCCAUAUUUGCUCACCUGAAGCCUGCUUCCAUCUCCUCCCCAUCCCUGGACCUGGUGGUGGCAGUUCUGUACUCGGUGGUGCCUCCAGCAUUGAACCCCUUCAUCUACAGCAUGAGGAACCAGGAGCUCAAGGAUGCCUUGAGGACACUAAUCUAA